UUUUAUUGUGUUUUGGUACCUUAUUUUAUGUUUCUAUUUUUCCACCAAUCAAGUAUUGUUUAUUGUCGGACUUAGGAACUAUGAAACGUGAUGAGAGCUGUAUAAUAAAGGGUCUCAGGCGCGCAGAUCCAACAAGGUUGAACCAUAUCCAUUCUUAGCUUCUUCCACAAGCAGAAACGAUGGGAGGUCCGGACCCGGGACGGCAUGAGCGCAAAACAUUCAGGAAAAGAAGCGGCACCUUGCUAGGCAAGGCACAUGAGCUUGCGGCCCUUUCCGGGGCAAAUGUCUACGUUAUAAUCGAUCAUCCGCGCGCUACAGUGGAGUAUAAUUCUGUCGGAAACAGGAACUGGCUUCCAUCUGAUGAAAAUCUUGAGAGCAUAUACCCCAGUCUACAGCGGCUAUCCUUUGCCGACAUGGAGAAGGCAAGGGGAAAUUCCAAUGGAGAAGAGUUAACACAGUUGCUCCAAUACAUUGAGUACAGGUCUGAACUGCUUCAGUCACUCGGUCAACAAAUGCAAGAAGGGCAAAGUUCUCCAACGGCGGGUACACCUUACCAUAUCCCUGAGCGCAACAGCGAUCGAUUCUGCGAUAAAUAGGCUCCACUGCUCGGCGACUCUAUUAGGUGUCGCAGCUUAGUCAUGGCCGUGGUGUUUUGGAAAUAGGGAACAUGAGAAGCUAGCGGGUAGUUCGCAGGAAUAUAU